CUUUCGGUUUUUAUGUUCAUUUGCACAUGUACUUUUAGUAGUUUGGCUACGUGCUCGUCGAGUGAAUAUCUGCGUUAUUACUUAUUAUUAUCAUCAUCAUUAUGAGGUGUCAUGAAUGGAGGAAGAAUGGGAAGAAGGAGCCGGGUACAUAUUGCAUAAGAAUGGAAUGUGGAGUGAGGUUGAGUUGAUUUCUUGGCAGCCAGCCACCCACUUUUUCUUGGGGGGCUGCCAACGGGAGAGCACAGGUGGCCUGCUCUUCUGUCGUCGUCGGCGUCAUCUCUCUCCUGACCAAAAGUUCCACUCAGCCACAAACUGCACCUGGUCCGUCGUUUGUACAUAGCUUGGAGAAAUAUAAUAUGGCUCGUGCCACGCCACGCACCACUCAUCCAUCCAUCCAUAAUCCUUUAGCUAUAAGGUCCAUCCAUCCAUUAAAUCAGCUCCAUCCGAGCCGGGUGGAGGUGGGGGAGGGUGAAGAAAUGGUUGUUGUUGUCCGGGUAUUAUGCAUGAAGAUCUGAGCUUAUGGAUCCACCCCAACUUCCGGUGUUUCAAAAAGUCUAUUUUCAUCUCCCUCCCCUUCAUCGUCUUCGUCUUCGUCUUGCUGCACAGUGGUCACGGAGGAGCAUGUGGUUUCCUUGUCUCUCCGCAUUUCGGAAGGAAGGGAUGAAAGAAUGAAACCCGAUCCUGCGGAAUGUGUGUGCUAUGUAUGUAUGCGACCCUUACAUUUACUACGUAUUUCUUUCCCCACCACCACCGGAAGACGUUCUUCUCUUCUUCUUCCUCCUCCUCUCACACAUCACAUGCACAUGGAUGGAUGGAUGGCGUUUAAACUGCGUGUAUACGUACGUAUGAAUGGAAUGAGGGAGGUAGGCCAGCUAAAUAGGCUGCUAGGCAGGGGGAGGGAGAGCGAGAUAUGUGUAUAGUUAGUUAGUCGGUGGACAUUUAACUAAAGGUUUAUCGGGGAAAUGCCCGCUUCGGUGGUUGUUGGAGAAAAAGAACAUGCAGAUGAUGAUGAUGAUGUUGAUGAGGAACAAGUUUCUAUUUUGGGAGCUGUGUGGCACAAGCCAAAAGAUAAAGAAAAGAGGAGAAGAGAGAAGAACUCAAGACGAUGAAUGUGUAAAGUGAAGACGACGACGACCAAGUAGAAGGCGCAGCCACCGAGAAAGGGAGACCAGUCAUUUUGCUGCUGCAGUCAGUGGCUGCUGUCUCCGUCAACUGCGAUCCGUCCACCACACCCACCAACCACCAUGCCCAAAUCCUUCCUCUUCCGACGCUUCUCCCACCACCAGCAGCAGCAGCAGCCUCCUCCACUCAUCAGCAGCAAGGCACACCCACCUCCGCCGCCUCCCCUCCUCUGGCUCACCCCCGCACAAGAUGCCCCUGUCGACCUCUCCGUCAAAAUAGCUCAGCCGGACUCGAUUAGUGAGGAGGACGACGCCCUCUUCAAUCUCAACCAACUUGCAGAGGUCGCCAUCACGUCUUCGUCGGAGAAAGGCCGUCUCAAAUCAUCACCUUGUCAUCUGGUGGUUCCCGUCUCCCCUCCACCGCGUGCUGUCUCCCCUGCUCCUCCCCCCGGGAACUCCUCCCCCACGUCUUCCUCGUCUCACUCUGCCUCACCCUCACCCCCACCGCGACAUCCUUGCCCGUCUUGCGGCAAGGGGUUUUCCACCCUUUCCAAUCUUGCCCGUCAUCGCCAGACGCACCGUUCUCUGACCGACUCAACGGCCGUGAAGCGGUGUCCCAUCUGCGACAAGAGCUACGUGUCCAUGCCCGCUUUCUCCAUGCACCUUCGCACGCACAACCACAACUGCAAGUGCCCCUACUGCGAGAAAGGCUUCUCACGACCGUGGCUCCUCCAGGGUCACAUCCGCACACACACUGGUGAGAAACCGUUCAAAUGUUCCAUCUGCGCCAAAGCAUUCGCAGACAAGUCGAACCUCCGCGCCCACACGCAGACCCAUUCCGCCGAAAAGCCCUUCAUUUGCACCCGGUGUGGAAAACCCUUCGCGCUCAAGAGCUACCUCUGCAAGCACAUCGAGGCCAGUUGCAUGCGCGGUGGUGGCAGCGGUGGCGGUGGGAGUGGGGGGUCAACCUCGUCGUCCUCCGGGUCACCGCCAAACCGGAAGUUGAACAAGAAAAAGAAGCGGAAAACGAUGCACACCAACAAGAGCUCUUCCUCCGUGAGGGACGAUUCUUCCUCUUCCACAGACGAGGAGGAAGAAGAAGAUUUAUUCUCCGGAGAAGAAGAUGACAUCGUCGUCACGUCAUCGUUGACGACGACAUGAGCCCAAGAAAUAAGGGUUAUCGACACGCCGACCAUGCAACUUUAGUCAUUUCCAUGCAGCAGUUACAUAAAAAAUAUCUCUAGUUUCACUACUGUAUAAUCUAAUCAUACUUUAUGCAAUAUUAUGCGAGCAGUGUGCCUUACAUAUUCUUCCAAGUGUGCCUAAAUAUGUAUCAGUCAGUAUUUAAGUCAGUUAGUUCAGUCGUCUCAGUAAGUUUAAUAUGCAGUUUUUAUUAGUCAGUCGGUGUUUGAAACCAAAGUAAACGAUGAGAAGAAACCCCUUCAGCCCAGAUUGGAGAUACUACAUACCAAAGAGAAAAAGAAAGGGUUACACGUUCGGUGCUUCCUUUUCCGUCCUACAUAAAAAAAAGAAUGCAAUUCAUGAAAACCAAAGUCAACAUGCACCACAAACUAAACCAAACCACACACAUGCAGAACAGAAUUUCCCCUGGAUUACUACAUAUUUUUAUUGUGUCAUCCUCCUUAAAUUCCAGUCCACUACACAUACAUCAUCAGACUAGUUAACUAUUUUACUUAAUUACAUUAUUAUUUUAUGGGUGUGUGUUUUUUUGUGUGUCUGGGUACAAAUUGAGGAGUAAUUAUGUUAGUUAUGUUAGUGUGUGCGGUGGUGGUUUUAGAGAAAAUGAUGUACACAUAAAUACAUAGCACGUCAUGUUUAUAAGUUUGGCAUGUUAUUUAGCUGUGUGUACAUAGUUAUCAUCAUCGGUACAUUACAUAUCCAAGUCGUCGUCGAAUGUAUAGUCUGAUGGAGUAGUUUAUUUUAUUACUUGCUCGUUUUUUUGUCUUCCUCACCAGAGAGUCUUGUUAAAAUAAAGAGAGUGUCAGAAAAGAG